AGAAAUACGGACCCCUCUCUAUAAACCAUUUCAGAAUCCCUUUCUGCAAGUAAAUCUCAAAAAUCCUUCCCUACACAAGUGUACGAAUCAAGAGGGUUUCAUCUUCUCACUCUUCAAAAACAUUUCCUUUAUUCACAUUAAUCUUUCGAUUAAUCAUGGUGCUCGAGGCGACGAUGAUCUGCAUCGAUAAUUCGGAGUGGAUGCGUAAUGGCGAUUACCCUCCCAAUCGAUUUCAGGCUCAGGCCGACGCCAUUAGCCUAAUUUGUGGCGCUAAAACUCAAUCCAAUCCGGAGAAUACAGUGGGAGUGUUGACAAUGGCUGGAAAGGGGGUGCGUGUUUUGGUCACUCCGACUAGUGAUCUUGGAAAGAUAUUGGCUUGCAUGCACGGUCUAGAAAUAGGUGGCGAGAUGAAUUUGGCAGCUGGGAUCCAGGUCGCGCAGUUGGCUCUCAAACAUCGCCAAAACAAGAAGCAACAACAAAGGAUAAUUUUGUUUGCUGGAAGUCCUAUUGGUUAUGAGAAAAAGGUGUUGGAGUUGAUUGGAAAGAAAUUGAAAAAGAACAGUGUAGCUCUUGAUAUUGUAAAUUUUGGCGAAGAAGAUGGCGAAAAGUCUGAGAAGAUUGAGGCGUUGCUUUCUGCGGUAAAUAACAAUGACAGCAGCCAUAUUGUUCACGUUGCUCCUGGUCCAAGUGCUCUUUCUGAUGUGCUUAUCAGUACCCCAAUCUUUACUGGUGAUGGAGAGGGAGGAAGUGGUUUUGCUGCAGCUGGUGGAGUAUCCGGGCUUGACUUUGGUGUGGACCCAAAUGUGGAUCCAGAACUUGCUCUUGCACUCCGAGUUUCUAUGGAAGAGGAGAGGGCAAGACAAGAAGCUGCUGCAAAGAAGGCUGCCGAAGAAGCUACUAAACAGGAAACCGGAGAAGGGCAGUCUGCUCCACAAGAUGCAACUAUGACUGAAAGUGCAACUUCUAUACCUGAAAAAAAGACAAACGAUCUAAUGGAUGAUGAGAAUGCAUUGUUACAGCAGGCUCUGGCAAUGUCCAUGGACGAUCCUUCCUCCUCUGCUGUUGUUAGGGAUACUGACAUGUUAGACGCAUCUGCUGAUGAUCAUGAUUUGCAGCUCGCCCUUCAGUUGUCUGUAGAAGACCGUGCAGUAGAUCAAUCGAACCAGACAGAUGUGAACAAACUUUUGGCAGACCAAUCUUUUGUGUCUUCCAUCCUGGCUUCACUUCCGGGAGUCGAUCCAAAUGACCCGCAUGUGAAAGAUUUACUUGCUUCCAUGCAGAAUCAGUCUGAGAAAGAGGAUGAAGACAAGGGUUCGAAAGAUGAAGAUAAGAAGUGAAGAUGCUCUAGUUAUUAAUCUCUACUGUCAGGUGCAACAUCUAGCUUUACCCAAACUUAUAUUCUGAGCUUAUACGACAACACGGAAAUUUUUCAUUUGAAUUAAUUUGUUAAAUGUAACUGGUAUCAUAUUUUUAAUUUCUGUUUAUCGAGUGUUAUGCCACUAGUUGUCAUGCAACCAAGUGGGGUUUAAUCGGUUGAGCUAAAUGGGUAAACUUGUAUUUGCAACGGUUCAGCAAUCUUUUUCUACGCAUGCAGAAUUCUCCCAAGUGGUUCUAGUUUGCACAGAAACUGAAGAUUGGAGUUUGCCAUGAGCAAUCUUGUUAUGUUCUUAUAUGGAGAGCUUGCUGUGAAUUGAUGUACAACCCAUGAACUUGGGAAUUUAGAUAUUGUUCAUUCAUCGGUAUUUUGUCGAAUAUUACGACAUUUGGAAAUAUGCAUAUGACAUCGCAUGUGUUUGCUUAGUUAAUGACUUUAUAUUA